AUGAUGAAAAGCAAAUGGUGUCCGCGGCGAGAAUGGUCGUCACCUACGGACGCCCGGGCGGCGAGCGACGCUGCGCGCCGGGGCGUCCUUUAUUCCUCUGUCUUCCUCGGUAGUCCCGGUGAAGCGAGUAAUGCGAGUAUCGGUAGCGGGGAGGGCACUGGAGAGGAGGACGACGAUACGAAUGGAAAGAAAAAUCAAAAAAAGAGAGGCAUAUUUCCCAAAGUAGCAACAAAUAUACUCAGAGCGUGGUUAUUUCAACAUUUAACGCAUCCGUACCCUUCGGAGGACCAGAAAAAACAACUAGCGCAGGAUACUGGCCUUACGAUACUACAAGUUAAUAAUUGGUUCAUCAACGCGCGGCGGAGAAUCGUACAACCGAUGAUCGACCAAUCGAAUCGAGCAGUAUUCUCCCCGCACGCAGGACCAAGCGGUGCUUACAGUCCAGACGGUACGAUGGGCUACAUGAUGGACGGACAGCAAAUGAUGCACCGGCCGCCUGGUGACCCAGCUUUCCACAAUCAGUACGCGCAUUACCCUGAAUACUAUGGACAUCAUCUGUGAGGUUCUCUCCCUAGUGUCACAACGACAAUGGACAUAGAAAUAUGCAACUCUUAAAUGUGAUUCUUCUUUGUACAAAGUGUAAAUGUAGUGCCCCAGUGUUUGUUAAAAAUAAAAAGUAAAAUAAACGGGAACUUGUACAAAAAGUAUUAGACUAAAAAUCGUGCUAACUACUGUACAUAGAUAGUGGUGAAAAGUGUGAGAGGCCCCGGAAGUGCUUACUCACCCUGUAUACAUAAUAUUAUAUACUGCACCGACAGUUUAUAAAGCAAAACAAUGGACAACCGCAAACGUUGUAAAGUCAUGUGGUCUCGUAGCUUCUAGGUUCCUCAGUGUGUUACCUUAACACCCUCGUCCUGAACCCCCGAUCAGCCAACUUUCCUACAUGCCCUCCUCGUAUCUCCUACCCCCUUCCCUUUUUAACCAGAUAAUAAACUCAGAUGGUCUGAAUAUACAGUAUCCAGAUUUUAUAGCAUAGAUUCACUAUAUUGGUCCUCAAACCUAUACGAUCAGUCAUACAUUGUAACUUAAAUGUAUGAAACACAAUGGAUUAUAAUAUUAAAUUUUCAAUUUUAAACAAAUCGUAUAACUUUACGUGAUAAUUUUUCAUCUCUUGUUUUAUUCUAAAUCUAGUCUUUCUCUUUCUAAUUCUAUAUAUGCAAUUUUUCUUUCGCUUUUUUGUAGAAACAACCUUAAAGAAUUUAAUUCCUGAGUUUUAAAAUACUCUUUUACCAUUUUGGAGUUCUUAUGCUUAAUAAAGAUGUUCUAUUAUGCUUUCAAUGGACGAAAAUGUUUUCAUUGAUCAUUCGCAGAUGGAGUCCUUAAAUCUAUUUCUUUUGUGCUUUUGUUUAUAGUUAAUUCCUAGACGUAGCUUCGUCUUCUUCUUAGUUUAGGGAAAAUUCGUUAAUCUCUGGUACUUGGUCAAAAUACCGUUGUACCAUACCUUGUUUUCCAUUAACUAAGAAGUCCUGUGCUUAGGCAUUAACUUAGCACAUUGCAAUGGCAUAGGAUAUGUACCGCAUUUUUUGCACCAAUUGUUUAUUCACCCUACCUAGUUUAUGUGUUUUCUUAAAGACAAUGUUCAGUCACUAUUUCGAUGACUCAGCCCAGAACCCAUGUUGAAGACACUUUAUUAUCUUUUGCCUGAUUAUUGAGGAGAUCUUUGCAGUUUCUCACCAAAUUUAAUUUGGUGAGUUGGUUCUUUAUUGCCAGAAUACUUGUCUAUCUGCAUAAAUGUUGAUUCUCUUUGCUUUAAGGACUCCAUCCAUGGUUGCACCAAUGAAGGUCACAAAAGCACAAACUUCAGCCUCAAACACAAUUGUACAUUGACCGAGGCUGUAAGAUUUAUUAAAAUGCAUGCCUGUCCAAAAAUUCCUGAUCCAGUACCACGGGCAGUUUUAGAUCUAUCAGUGAACCAUAUUAAGUCCCCAUUAAUAUUUGAGAAUAUUUGUUCUCUAGACGGUAUAAUUGGGUUAAUCCUCUCAGUGAAGAUUAGUUCUGGUAUCAUCGUAUUUGAGUUGAUCAUAAAGAUGGCUUCCUCAAGUAUAGUUCCAGUAGUAUUUGUGGGGCUCUUCAAUACAUAAAUCAGCCUCCAAGUAUUGUUUGCUUUAAAUCUCAAGAUGGCUUUAUAAAUGCUAUCUACGAAAUAUCUAAUUCCAACGGAGGAAGACCUGUGAUAGCCUCUAAAGAUGCCGUUGCUGUAUUAUUCAAGGCUCUUGUUAUAUUUAUAAGCAUUUGUAUUUGUAAGGUGGAGAUAAAGGUCUCACAAGAUUGCAAAGCCAUCCUUUUUCACCAAAGUAGUCAACCAAAAGUAACUGUCGAUCGCAUCACUGAUGUGUAUAACCAACAGACAGGGCCGUAACUACGAUGUUAGGGGCCCCGGGGUAAAGGUGAUCUGGGGGCCCCCUGCCGGGGGGUCUGGCAGUUUGCCCCCCAGCGGAAGACGGGGUCCGGAAAAAUGUUUGAUAUUUAACCCCUUGAAAACGCAUUUUAAUGGAUUCUAUGACUUAAGUUUCUUGUACCUACAUAUUGCUAUUUUAGUUGACCAACACAAAAAUUUUAAAAUCACCUUAUUUUUUAUUGGCUUUAAAAGAUUUAAAGAAAAAGAUUUAAAAGAAAAACAACAAAAUGAACAGAUAGUAAAACAAAAUGAGAUAAUAUAAUGAAACAAUAAAAAGAAAAUUGCUUGAAACUUCAAAACCGAAUGGAAAUAUAUGAAGAUAUGAAGGUUUAUUUAGAAAAAAUGCGGAAAGAGGUAAACCAGAUUGCUGAAGAGAUACAGAAAAUUGAAAAGGUGGAAGAAAAAUUCAAUAAUGCGGUAAAACUCGAUAUGGAAAAAGUGGAAGAAAAAUUGAAGGAGACAUGAAAAUGUCAAAAAGGACGAGAACGUCGGGAAGUAAUUGUAUACAGCGCUAAUGAGAGCAGAAUCCUAUUUGACGAGGAUAUUAGAAAACGAUAUCCGGUACCUUCAGCAGUGACACUCUCGAAGGCGAGUACCGUCAUUGCUGUUAGAUUUAUUAUGCUGUGGUACUGGUGGGGCUGAUUCCAAUGUGCUCAUUUCAUCUCACUCUUACCUUUCUUUUCAAUAUGUGGUACCAUUUGGUUCCGUUCACGUACCAAGAUGUGGUCUGGGUAAAUUGGUUAAGACAAAGUAGCUGGGACCAGGGGCUCCUAUUCCGGCUGCAUUUUAGUUUUUAUUUCGAUAAAAUAACUAAUUUCCUCAGUAACAAUUUAUAUCUUUACGAAAGGUCUCGGAGGCCCCAGCUUAGCUCGGGCCUCCCUUCCAAUUGCAUUUUAGGUUUUAUUGCGCCGAAAUAACUAAUUUCCUAAGUAAUAACUUAAAUUUUUAUGUUAAGGUCUCGGGAGCCCCAGCUAAGCUCAGGCCUCAGGAGCCCCUUCUAAGGGUUCUGUUCCAAUUGCAUUUUAGUCGAAAAUACUAAUUUGCCCAGUGAAAAAUUAAAACUUUAUGUGUAGAUCUAGGGUGCCCCUGUAAGGUCUUUUUAAAAUUGUGUCAUUUGAAAAUAUUUUGUUGGGAUCGGCUUUUAAAAUACAUAUUUUUAUUUUCCUUAUUAUAAUCUAUGCACGGUCAAAAAAGGAGCGCCUGCGGGGCCCCCGCGGUUGCCCCAAUGGUAGUUACGGCCCUGCCAACAGAUUACCUUCGGUUUCAACCAUCAGGUUUUACCUACAAUCCAUCUGCAGUUCCAGAAGAAUUGCUCAGCCCUGUUGGUUAUACUGUCAUAUAUUUGAGAGUAAUUCUAAUUCUGAGAUAUGUUUUUUCUUUAUCUUAAUAAUUUUAUAAGAGUGCCUUUUAAGAAAAUGUUCGAUUUCACCUUUUUCUUGGAUCCUUAUAACAUAUCCAAUGUAUUUAUUUAUUACUGAAGUCUAGAUAUACAACUUGCAAUAUUAGCUUAUUGUUAAAAUUGCCUCACACUUCUUCUUUUUCAAUUACAAACAGCACAAACAAUGCUAUACGAUUUUAUAAUCUGUUGAAUAUAUAAAACAAUAUAUUAUAGUUUUGAGUGACCAAUAGUUGUGAAUCAUCAAACAUGAAUGUAUACAAAACGCAAAAAGUACGCUGUACAAAUGAUUUAAGGUUGUGCUGUUGUAAAAUAGUUGUUAUAUCUGUUGUGAUCAUUUUUUGCUAAAUGAGAAUCCAGACACACUUUCCUGAGGUUAAGAAGACACUUAUCAUAAGUCGAUUGUUAUAUAUUACGACAUUUUUAUUAAACCGAAAGUUAUUUACGUAGUCAGGGUUGUGAUGCAUAACUUCAAUAAAAAUUUUUGAAUCGUACUUUGGUCUUUCACACGAACAUUACAUAAAUGUCAUAUGUCACGUUUUAUGUCAAAUGUCACAUAUUAUGUCACGUUCUAUGUGACAAUUGACAUAAAACGUGACAUAUAUGUGACAUGUGACAUCAGGGAUCAAACGUUAAAGUGCGCUGAAGUGUACUAUUCCAGACUUUAAAUAUUUUCCACCUUUUUCCUGUGACUACUUUUUUGGGGUGUUUUUAAUAUAAUUUAACUGCAAAUACUAAUUUGAAAAUGAUCUAAACUGAACCAAGUCACUAUUAAAUAAAAGAAAUGAUAUUAUAUUUACAAUAAGAGCUCGCCCACUUAAUAUUUGGUAAGUGUCAUCUUAAUUCCAACCUUUUCCUCCCUUAUAUUCCCGAUUCAUAUAUUAUACGAUAUACGUAACUUUACCUAGAUUCAAAACUAACCUUAUCUAGGACUUAUAUCAAAUACACAAGUAUACAGAAUGUCGCAAUGUUAACUCAGGUGGUAUUUGGCUGAUAAUACUUAUACAGGAUGUCCCUGACUACAUGGUUAACAAAAAAUAUUUUGAACCUUUCAAAUUGAAACGUUCAAAGCGAGAGAUAAUAAUUUUCGUAGAUUAUUACUAUUUUAUUUUAACAAAUAAUUUUGUAGGUGAAAGAUUAAAAUGGAUGUUUGCUGUUAUUAAAAAUACUGCCUUCGAGAGGACAACCUGUAUAACAUAAUAUAGUACUUACCCGAUUUUCUUGAUUUUGGUUAUGUUCACUCUAAUUUUAUUAAAUAUUUUAUUGUUUUCUAUAUUUAUAGAUACAAAAUUCAAACAGAGUGCCUAUCAAAUUAUUUCUUUAUAUAUUACUUGAAUAAAUGUAGAUGAAUUUUAUACAGUGUAGCUCAAUUUAUUUUCGAAUUUGUAUUAGGAAACUGUUGAUUAUUACAAUAAUUAGGAAUCUCUGCAAAGACUAUACCAUCGAUCCUUCCUGGUCCCCCUUAUUUUUUGGGUCUAUUACCAAUUUUUGUUGUUUUUUUUUUAAUUUCAAUCUAAAAGCCUUUAUUAUUAUUAUUGUGGCCCUACUAUUUAUAGGUUUGUUCGUAGUACGAUCCAAACGAUCAGCAACCGUUGCAAACUAUCAGACGCAUGCGCAGUUAACAGUUGGCGCUGCGCAGUUAGCAGUUUGAGUUCGUAAACUACGAACGCGCAUGCGUCUGAUGGUUGGCAACGGUUGCUGAUCGUUCUACGAACAAACCUAUUAUUGUGCUCAAAAUAUACUACCCUACGAAAUGUCUCAAUUGAUACUUGUGCCUUAGAUCUUUUGUUUAAACAUAGUACAUAGUCAUUUUUUUACCCCUUAAUUUGGUAUAGCUCUACAAAAAUCUGCCACCGAUAAAAUACGGUGGAUAUCAGCAUCUUUAUUACACAAGGGUAAGAACAGAACAAGUGGGUCGCGGUGGAGGUGGAGGUGGAACAAACGCGUUUACAUCGAUGCUUUUGAAAAUAAACUGAGUUUGUUUUACAUGGAUGUCUACUGCGCGGCCUACAAGGAUGCUUCCCUGUGAUUGGUCCGUUCGAAGCUAAGUUGUCAUUACCUGCGCUAUCUGAGUUGAUACUUUUUAUAUAAGGCCGCAUAUGAAAUGCCUCCCGAAGAAGGGUUUCUUACCUGUCGCUAAAAUGGUCACAUACGAAUUGCCUUCCAAGCUCUAAAUAAAUUAUAUGCAUCUAAUCUUUAUGUGAAGGUGAGACGUUGCCACAUCUUCGUCCCUUUGUAAAUUUUUGGCAAAAUUGGUAUUUUGUUAUUUUAUUUAUUUUAUUUUCAACCUUUAUGACAUGUAUUAAACAUUUUUGACAAUAGGCAGUAUUUAUAAAUUUCAACUAACUUAUACAUAUCUAUAUAAUUAAUUUUAUAACCAUUAUAAUAAUCAUUAUUUUUUGUUAUUAAUAAUUUGACAAAAAAAUAAAUAAAAAACAUAAUAAGUAUCUUAUAGAUUUAUUAAAAUAACAUCCGCAGCAAUUUUUUUGGUGUCGAAACAGAAUUUAUUUUAAUGUAGGUAUUUAUUCAAAGUCAGAAUCGAGAAAGCACGUUCUAAUUUUAUGAAAAUGAAAAAGGUCCUAUGUAGCAAAGAUUUAACAUUAGCUCUUAAAGUACGCCUAACAAAAUGUUACGUAUAUAGUGUACUAUACUAUGGACUGGAAUCAUGGACGUUAAAUGUAGAGACAAUGCGACGACUUAACGCCUUUGAAAUGUGGACGUAUAGAAGAAUUAUGAGGGUUUCCUGGGUAGAUAGAGUUACGAACAAUGAAGUACUGAGAAGAAUAGGUAAAGAGAAGGAAGUUGAACUUACAAUUAAAGAAAGAAAACUACAGUAUCUCGGACAUGUGAUACGGGGCGAGAAGUAUGGCAUCCCGCGACUCAUAAUGCAGGGAAAGAUAGAUGGCAGAAGAAGCAUCGGCAGAAGACGAAUUUCAUGGCUGAAGAACCUGAGAGAAUGGUUUGGAUGCAGCUCAAAACAACUAUUUAGAGCUACUGCCUCAAAAAUUAAAAUAGCUAUGAUGAUUGCCAACCUCCGUAGCGGAGAUGGCACCUGAAGAAGAAGAAGAAGGUAUUUAUUUGAAAUUGUAAAAUUAUAUCAAUAAAAUUAUUAAUGUUAGGAUGAGGGUAGUAGAAAGAAGAAUUAUACUUGGAAUGUAAGCUUUCGCAUGGGUUUGUGGUUCUUUGUAAGGAUGAAGAGUGCUCAGCCCAAAGAUGUGGAGGAAAUGUCGAAUUUUCAGAUAUGUAAUUAUCAACAAGAUAAUCUGGGUGAAUUACCAAAACUGGGUGACUCUUUCGUCGACUGAUUUAAUUUCUGCCAAAUCUUUAGCAAAAAAUCACUAACAUCUUCAGGAUGUAAGAAUGAAAGACCAAAAAUAUAAAUAAGAAAAUGCGUAAUUUCAGUUGAGUCAAUAACUUUUUUUCUGGUAUUCUGGAGCUAAGCCCAGUGUUUGAACCUUUGACCAAAUGAAAACCACAUCCAUGAAGAUAUGCUUCAGAAAAUGCCAUACGGAUACUAUUAUGAAUGAAAAUUUCAAAGUUUGAAGUUAUUACGUUAGGGGAUACAGGACAAUUAAUUUUAAAACAUUUAAAAGCGAGAUAAUAGGAAGAUGACUUUUAAUCUUGAAGUAAACAAAAGACAAGAGAAAUAGAAUGUCCAUUUUUCAAGCCAUAUGUAUACUAAACAAUUGAGUGAAAAAAACGAGGACAGUAUUCAAAAGUUCCGUCAACAUACCAAAUGGAAACAGUCGAAAGAAAAUGAAGAUUUGAAAACAUGUUGAUAUAGCAAUACGAUUAUCUUUGUUAUUUUUAAUUAUAAAAUUUUUCUAUUUGUAAUAAUAGAAGAUGAAUCAAGGGCUUUAUCCAAUUCAGCUAUAUUUUUGGGAAGUUUAAUUAAAGAAUUAGUGGUUCUAGCAUAAUAUAAAUUUUGUCUCGCCCUAUUGAUAUCAUUGAUCGUAAAUGUCUCUAUAUUUUCUUCUUAAGUUCUUUAUAUAUGAGCUUCAUUGGUUUUUCGCUGAGAUCUUCCACGGCUACUCUUUUUAUUGAAUUGCUUACGGCUUUUCUAUUGGAAACUUCGGCAGACAACUUCUCGUGGUUAUGAUAUUAUAAUAUUGAUUCAAUUAUCGUAUUUUCGCAUCCCUGUGGUUUCACAAAUGCUUUGGAGGUUUUUUUAGUACAUGUCCACCAUUUUACUGUAUCUUUGGUCAACAUUUUUUGAAAACCUAAUGUAAAACAAUCAAUCGGUAUUAAAAGUUUGCCCUUUUUACUGACACUUAUCGUUCAUCCCAUUACUUCGGAUGUUAUGACUUAAACACAAUUUGAUCUUGAAAUCGACGAACUGACAAGCUUGAAAUAGACAAAUGCAAGAACUAAUAAACUUUCAAGUAUUUAUACAACAGUUAGCCAAUUAACACAAUAUACAACAGAGAAUAUAAACAAACAAAAAGAUUAAGGUAAAUGGAAUCAUUAAGAAGAGAUUAGAAUUGGAACUGGAAUUACCUAGAAAAGCUGGCUAUUAGAUUAGAUGUAUUAACAACUUUCUUUUCUAAAAAGAAAUAUGUCAUACGUGAAAUAUUUUUGUUAACAUAUUUUAUGUACACUGCAUUAAGAAUUAGAAAAAUCAAAAUUUAAAAAAUAUGACUUGGCAACAUUGUGUCAUUAUACAGAGAUUAAAUAGACAAAUUAUCAGCCUAAAUGAUUAACAAAACGGAGGCAUUUCGAUUAUACCUGGGAGGCAUUUCAUGUAUGAAAAUAUUUACCUGAAAAAGUGGGAGGCAUUUCGAUAACGCCGUUAUAUAAUCCCUUUUUGUAUUCAGUUUAUUUUUGAAUUUCUAAAGUUUUUAAAUACAGUAAAUUUUUGAAAUAUGAAGGAGGAUCUGAUUAUUUACAGCUGACAUUUCAUCACUAUCGUCACUUGACUGACACAACAUCGCAAAAGUAGUCUUUUUGUCAUUCAAAUUUAAUUAAACUACUUCACUUGAUAGUGGUUCUAGCUCGACUGACAGCGCAGGGGACCUCCUUGCUAUGUGCUGUCGACAUCGACCGCGACUUAACUAAUGGCAUCCACCGCGACCUACACCUCCACCUCGACCCACUUAUUCUUUUCUUACACAUACGUUGAAUUGGAAUCAGUGAGUCGGCCAAUAGAUCAGCAGUACGGAAUGAGAUCAGGUCAGGCAUCUCGAUGGCCCUCAUCCAAUGAUCAUUAUUGGAAGGUCUUAAGAAAAUUUGAACAUACAAUGAAUAAUUAUUUUUUUUUAUUGAAUAAUGAUUAUUAUGCACACGAGUAGUAUAUGUAUGAAUACAUCAAAUUGAUAUUUCAUGGACCUCCUUCGUUUAUUCAGACGUUUCUUUCUAUGAGCUUAUUGCGAGUUAGCUCUGGUCUAGAUAUGGACUGAGUCACAGUUAUAGAAGGGAGAGUCGAGUUCUAAAAACAAGUCCUUUUUUUAUUCUGUAAUUAGACUUCAUUUAUCUAUUAUAUUCUCUUUAAAAUAUGUCAUUAUGUAAAUAACAUUCAAAGAAAUUGAGUGCCUUUUAAAUGCAAACAAUAUUAUUUCGCUAUUUUCUCCAUUUGUCUCUAUCUUCAGCUGCUCUAAGAGUUUCGCAUAAUGAGUAGUUCGCUGAAUUUUGAAUUUGGUCGGACCAUCUGCUUGAUGACUGUUCUCUUGGUCAUCUCCCCGGAACAUACCAUCUGCGUGAUGACUGUUCUCUUGGUCAUCUCCCCGGAACAUUUCCAGAGACAAUUAGUUUAUCUAAAUGACCUCUGCAAACCACAUAGACGGAGAGGCAGCGCUGAAAAAUCUCUUUGAAUUUACUAAAGCUAUAUUAUUAAGCAAAUUAUUAUUGUGAGUGUGUAGAGAAACAUACUGCGGUCGGUCAAGUGAAACGUAGAGCAGGGGUUACUGAGAGGGUAUCAAAGUUGCUUUCCUACGAAGGUAAUUAAAUCCAAGUGAAAUUUAAUAAAAAAUUUUCUUCUUUACCAAGAAGAAAAUUUUUUAUUAAAUUUCACUUGUAAUUAAUGGUAUACCGCCAACUACAGGAAGUUCUUCCUUGUGGGUAAUUAAAUCCAUUUACUAAGGCUAAAAAUCAGUACACACAUUCUAAAUUAAAUAUAAAUAAAAGUUAUUAUAGUUGGUCUGCUGUAUGAUGGGACAGAGCCGGUCGGUCGGCCCCAAUGGUCGAUUGAGGAAAUGAAGCAUUUUGGCUCGCAAUUUUUUCGUCCAGCAUGGAUUUACUUGAAAUUUUCACAGAAGGUAGGGAAUACUCCAAGGAUCAUUUACUAUAUCAUGCCGCUAUCAUACGCUAAAACCUUGGGGGUGGUUACCAUCCAAUCUCGGGGGUGGGAAUUUUUUAUUACAUUUUAACCAUGCAAUUCGAGGGAAAAAGUGAUUCUAAGAACAAAAUGUUUUUUACAUUUUCUUCGUAAAACUGUAAAACUAAUAUUUUUCGAGUUAUUCGCGCUUGAAAAUAACAGUUUUUCGACGAAAAAAUCGACUUUUUUAGAGGGUUUUUUGAGAAUACCUCGAAACCACCAGCCUUUUGGCUGUUGCUCACUUAGCUGCAAGCUUUUCGAAAUUCAAUGAUCUCUUAGACUUAGACCAUACAAAAAGCAAAAAUGUUACAGUACUGACCUGAUCUUUUCUGUGUGUGUCGGCUCCCAACCGUUAUAUUAGUGAUACCACCUCAAAGUACGCGCAUUUAAAGAAUAUUUUGAAAUAUUUUUCAUGUGAAACAAUGAAUUUUCGAAAUAACUUUGCAUUCAAAACCCUGUUUACAUUAAUUUUAAGUGAAAACUACCUUUGCUCACCAUCACAAUUCGCAAAAACACAGAAAAGCAAUAAAGCUGAUAUUGUAACCUCGAAUACCAACGUAAAUAUGGGAACUAAAUGAACCACGUUCGAUGAAACCACCAUCAGUAUCAGUGCGACCUAGUUAUUAUACAAUUUUAAUUCAAAUUUCACUUGUUGAUAAGACCCACACAAUUGUGACGUCUUGAAGCGUAAGCAAUACAGCAAUUUGGUCUAUAACAUAUAACGCUAACUCACCCCUAGCAGUAACUAACACCUCCCAGAUACGCCACUGAACGAAUGACGACCUUCCGAUUGUUUCACAGGUCAGCCGAUUCCAGUAACUAAUAGGAGCAAAAAGACACGUAUUUCACCAUGAUAGACAUUUGCUAUAUAAGUGCGAUGUCACAUUAUGCGUUUUGAACGGAUGCGGUGGAAACGCAUCCGUUUCCAAUACAACCGGACCGACCUGUCACACUAUGCGUUUUGAUUGGAUGCGGUGGAAACGCAUCCGGUCAAAACGCAUAAGUGCGAUGUCACAUUAUGCGUUUUGACCGGAUGCGGUCGAAACGCAUCCGUUUCCAACGCAACCGGACCGACCUGUCACACUAUGCGUUUAGUCUGGUGCAGUUUGUAAGCGCGUAACGAUGUCUCAAAACGCAUCCGUUUCCAACGCAACUGGACCGACCUGUCACACUAUGCGUUUUGACUAGAUGCGGUGAAAACGCAUCCUGUCAAAAGGAUGUCGUAUAUAGUUUCAGCGAUAUAAUCUUGUCAUUUUCCCUUGCAGGACCAACCUUUUAUUAGAAACAGUAAGCACCAAGGGGGGCCAAUAAAUGUCCAUACAUAAAUUAAUCAAAAACGUGCUUCUUUAUUUAAACUAAUUUAAAAAUAACACUUUUACAAAUAAAAAGAUUAUUCCUAGAUGUUAAUGGAACGGGUUAAAAGAUAAGAAUUUAUAAUUUACCCGGAGUCUUCGGCUUCAGUCGAAUUGGGAUACAGAAACAUUUGACUUCUUGCUGUGCUUACCGCAUACAUACUUCUGGCAUUUUGAACAAACUAUGGUUGGUUUUGCCAACUUAUUGGUCUUUUUUCUUUUAGAUUUUGCUGAUUUGCAACAUCGAUGGUAUCGUCCCUUUCCAUUUUGGGAUGAUGUUGAAGGUAUUUAAGGGGGAUUAUUUAUAGUCCACUGUCAAGUUUUUAUAAAAGUAUGAGGAAAUGAAUUAAAUUAUAGAAAUGCUAAUUAUGGCAUCUAAUAGAGCAGUAGUAUGCCGACAACUACUAAUUAUUUGAGAUUUUUAGGAACAAAGGUAUUUAGAAAAUCGGAUGAAAUGCAAUGUUGUGGAUACUUUUUAACCCCCCUUGGUCCUUCUAGGGUUAAUAUACAUCAAAAGAAAUUAAAGAAAUUCAAUAGUUACUGACACCUCUGAACAAAUAAAUUGAGUUACUCUGCAUUCCUAGCUAAUUUUGAUUAUAAAUAUGCAUUUUACUGCACCAAUAAUAAAUUAUUUAUUCUAUUCUGAAAUUAUUAGAAACAAUAAUAUACCUAUAUGUUGUAGGAAAUUUUUUGUACAUUACAUAUGAAAGCUUUAGAGAUCAGCUCCAGUUAACAGUUAUUUGUGUUAUACGUACUUUACACCUCGAUCGGAAAAUUGAAGUUUGAAAUUGGUCAAAAUUAGUUUUUGGUCGAAAGCAACACAUCGAGAAAUAUGUUAAAAUCUGAUGAGCUGUUUCAUGUUUCACCUCUCAUUUUGUCUAAUUUCGGUUAUAACCAAGUGAUCCUUUACUUGCCACUCAAAGCCAGUUGAUAAAUACAAAACAUAGUGCUCGAAAAAAGAACUAACACAAACGUGACACAUGUCACUUUUUCAAAAAUACUUCAUUAGACUGAUAUUUCCAAAAAGUUCUAAUUUUUUAUUUCCCCAAACCAAACCAAUGGGCAAAAUUGGUCUUGCUUCAAAACUAAACCUGAACCUAUUAUGUGCCAUUCGUCAUAUGCCAUGUGUCAUAUGUCAUACGUCAUGUGUCAUAUGUCAUGUGAUAUGUGUUGUAUGGCGUGUGUCGUAUGGCGUGUGUCAUAUGUCAUUUGUCGUAUGUCAUGUUAGUGUUAAUUUUUGUCAUCCAAGUCCUUUAUUUUGCUAACAACUGGUUUUACAUGUUCUCAAACUAGGAAAUCCUUUAUUAAAGUUAAUUUUAUGUUGUUGUUUAUUGUUAAAGUUAGAGGAUCUCUAGUUUGAGAUCUUUUUAAUUUAGCGAAAAUUUACGAGCGCCCUCUGUCUAUUCGCCUAAUACAAAACGUAUACGAAUUUAGUGAUGUUAUGUAGGCUAUUCUUAUUAUUAUUAUCGGAUACUAAACCUGCGAAUAGGCAUAGAGUUGACUGUUUUUAUGUUAAUUUUAAAGUUUGUUUUCGAAAAAUAAGGGUGUUUCGGUGCAAUAGAACCUGUAAAAAUUUGUAAAAAUUUUGGAAGCAUUUUUUCACUUUAAAUAGGUUAAUAUCCACCCUACUGUUGGAAUCUAACUGUCACUGUAGUACCUACUGAAAAACACAUUAUUUAUUUAUAUCCUUUCGCUUCUGUAAUAUACUUCUCCAAGAAAUUAACACACCACCUUAACUUAAAAAUGGGCCAUUUUUGAUGUUUCGAAUUUCCUAAACCUAUUGUCCGAUUUAAGUGAUUUUUUAAUAAUAAGUUAUAGCCUUAUUCUUUAACAAUAUCGCUGUAAUUAUUGUUGCUAGAUAAAUUGUCAUUAUAUACCGGGUGUACCAAGUAAACUGUGAAUUUUUCCCAAAGUUCGCGUGACCCUCUGAAAUAUUAUAGCAUUUAUAAAAUACUGAAAUUAAAACCCAACUAUAGCCUCACGUUUUCUUAACAUUCUGUUUUUUGAUUCAUUCGCUUCUAUUAUAAUAAAAAAGUUAGAUUCUUUAAUAAUUAUCUUGUUUUUCAUUAAUACAGGGAGUGCUACAAAGUUUAAAGGGUAAUUCUACAUGAAAAAUAAAUGACAGUUUGCUUUAUAAACUUAUGUCCGAAAAUGCUUCGUUUUCGAGAUACGGGGUUGAAAUUUUUCUUACAAACUGGCAAUUUAUUUACUACUCUAAAACCGGUUGAGAUAUGCAAUUGAAAUUUGGUGGGUUUUAAGAGGUAGUCAUUGCUCAUUUUUUGACAUACAAUUAAGAAUCUAAUAUUCACCAUUAACGUGCAUACUAGUAAUAUGACUCGUAUGCGCGCCAAUGGAGAACAUAAAAAUACUUACUUGUAUGUUAAAAAAUGCGCAAUAGCUUCCUCUUUAAACCUACCAAAUUUCAUUUGCAUCUCUCAACCGGUUUUAGAGCAAUAAAUAAAUCAUCAGAUUGUAAGAAAAAUUUCACCAUCCCGUAUCUUGGAAACGAAGCAUUUGCAGACAUAUGUUUAUAAAGCAAACUGGUUUUAAGUUUUCAAUUUAAAAAUCUUUUAGUGAUUUUUAAUAUUUUUCAAUAUUAUUAAUUUACUAUUAGGAUUGAAAACUUGCUUCGUCUUUCAAACUGGCAUUAUUUUUUCAUGCAGAAUUAUCCCUUAAAAGUUGUCGCACUUAUCUAGAAACACCCUGUAUUGAUGAGACACAUGGCUAGUUUUUAAGCUACCUAACUUUUUUUAUUAUCCAACAUAAGCGAAUGAAUCAAAAAACAAAAUGUUAAGAAAACCUGAGGAUAUAGUUGGAUUUUAAUUUCAUUAUUUUGUGUGGUGAACUUUAAGAAAAAAAUACACUUUGAUUGGUACACCCGGUAUACAAUGACAAUUUACCUGUCUAUCAACAAUAUUAUUACAGCGAUAUUGUUAAAGAAUAAGGCUAUAACGUAUUAAAAAAUCAAUUAAAUCGGACAACAGGUUUAGGAAAUUCGAGACAUUCAAAAUGACCAAUUUUUAAGGUGCCUUAAUUUUUUGGAGAAGUGUAAUUUAUUAGUGUACAUUUAUUUAUAAAUCCUAGAUAAUCUGAAAAAUCUUACGAUUUGGCAACACUGUAUUCAUUUAUAAAUCAAACUGAACGAUUGAUGGAAGAUACCAACAGGAUUCAAAGUAUGAAACAAACUUUAAUUUACCUACACCUAUGAAUCUAACCUAAAUGUUUAUAAUUUUACGUAUUUUUCGUUACCUUUGUUAAUGGUGUAAGGUCUGGAUGGGGUUGCAUUGUUGUAUACCAUUUUAAAGGUCUUUUUAUAGUUUUUGAAAUGAUGUAUACUUUUAAAAUAAUGUAAAUAUUGUAUUAAGUAUAUUUAAUGCCUAGGACACAUUGUAUACCGAUUCUGGAACUGUAUUUCACUUCCUUGUCGUUGAUUAUUUUGAGCCAAUAUAAUAUUUUGUUUACAUUCUACAGAAAAUUCUUUUUAAACAAACAUUUUAAGUUUUAUUACUUAUUAAAUAAUAUACAAACUUUAGGACACUUAACAAGAUGAAAUCUAGAGAAGAAAUCAAUGAUAUUAAAGUCUUUUGAAAGGAGUACAUACGUAAGUGUAGGCAUUUAGUAAAAAAUAUUGGGAGCUAUUUCCAGAAUAUUCCAAAUUAAAUGAGCAAUCUGAAGUUAUUCGAUUUUCAAUAACACAUCCUGUAUUUAUCGUAAUUUUAAAAUCUUCCUUCCUUUGAAAUUUUGAAAUUGACAACCAAUCUCUUGAUCAAACAUCUUGAUUCAUAUUUGAGUAAACUACCAAUAAAAAACAUCUCGUUGUUGUCAUAUAGAUUAAGUGACUAAAUAAACUAAAGAGAAAACCGAAGCAGUGUAAAGCAAGCACCACACUCUCGCGAAUAUCCGCGAAUAUUCGGGAAAGUUGACCGAAGUCCGAAGUACCCGUCACUGCGGAACUUCGCGAAGAACACAUUCACGCCGGGCGAUAAGGACUUCGGUUCCUUUGACUUGGUCGCAAAAACCGCCACAGAAUGGAAGUGGAAAUGGAAGCGAAGUCGCAUAAAGUGCCUAUCUACACUCUCGUACUUGCUGAACUUCGAUCGACUUCGCGAGUAGUAUAGUGGACGUUUAAGGUUUUUUUUUUCUACAUUCAACAUGAUUUCAUUUGUUUCGCUUAAUUUAUUUUUUUUGUAAUGUCUGCGACGUACAGGUGGCGCAACUCCACUUUGUCUCUGAUCUUGAGAUGCGCAGUGGAAUCUGAUAAACCAAAGUAGAGAGCUCUUUUCUCUUAGUAACGAGACAAUCUUUUCUGUCUUUGUUGCCAUGCUCUCUCUUCUCCAUUCGCGCAUAGGACCGUUAGGACGGCUACAGCGAAAUAGGACCACCUGUACUUCACAAUUGAGCAGGAUUUUCCUUUUGGAUCAUGGCUAGAUCAACGUAGCAUGUGUAUAAUCUUUUUUGAGUCACUAGAUAUGUCUUGGUCAUUAGAGUUAAUCUUAUAAUUGCCUUCCGAGUUACGAGUAAAAGUACCAAAUAUCUGAUACUUUGGAAAUCUCUUUGGAAAAACAUUAUUCUAUUAAAGGUCGCCAUGAAUCAGAUGGGCACCAGAAAAUUAGUACAGACAAGGAAAUUUGAAUUUAAUAGAUCAAAGAAACGACAAAAAAGGUAAAACCAUGAAAGAUAUAAGACCAACAGUUUCCUGAUUGGUAGGUUUAGGAUCUCUUCUAGUUCAAUCCUCUGUUGACCAGUAAAUUCCUGCCAACAUCGCAUAGAAUGUGUAUGGCUUAUCUUCUAUAUAUCUUCUUCAAUUUCGAAUUUUCUGCAUCCCGGUCAUUUACCUUUCUUAGUUUGUAUAGGUGCUUUCUUAAACUACAAUGAUCAGUCACCAUUUGGGUGACCCAUUUAAUCUCUCCUUUAUUGAGGCUCUCCAUUUCUUGUGAUGAUUUCUCAUCAGCCAUUUCUGAACCUUGUUUUUUGUAGCAUAUUUUUAGUGGUGUUACAGAAUGGUUCUGAGCUUACAAAGGUUUCUCCCUAGCUCCCAUCUUUGCAGUUCCUCACCAGUUUGGUUUGGUGUGUAGGUUCUUUUCUACCAGAAUAGCCGCUUAGCUAUCUUUAUAAAUAUGGAUUCUCUUUGCUUUGUGGUUUCCAUCCAUGAUUUCAUCAAUGCAGCCUGGAGCACAGUUGUACGUUGACCUAGGCUGUAAGAUUAAUUAUAAUUACAUGUCUGCCCAAAGACUCCUGAUCCGGUAUCAUAUGCAGUUUUAGAUCUAUCUUCUUCAGGUACCAUGUCCUUUCAGAACGUUGGUUACCAUCAUAGCUAUCUUAAUUUUAUUCACUGCCACGCUAAAUAGCAUGCUUGUAUCAACACAAUACCAAUCUCGCAAGUUCUUCAACCAUAAAGUUCUUCUUCGUCCUGGACUGAGCUACGUUUGCCUGCUAUUUUUCCUUGUAUGAUAUUUUGUAGCAACCUAUAUUUGAGACCUCUCAUUACAUGUCCGAAAUACUCCAGCUUUCUCUGCUUGAUGCCUUUUAUCAUCUCAGUAGUCUUGCUGAGACGUUCUAGUAUUGUGGAGUUUCGAAUCUAAAAUUCUUCUAUAGCACCACAUUUCGAAAGCCUUAAGGCGAUUUAUAUCGAUUUUAUUCACAGUCCAGGACUCGACACCGUAAAGUAAGACCGAGAACACGUAGCAGCGAAGUAGGCGGAUCCUCAAUACCAAUUUUAGGUCUCUGUUACAUAACACCUUGGACAUCCUUCUAAAAGCGGCUCUAGCUUGAUCUAUCCUAGAUCUAAUUUCGCCGUGACUUUCUACGUUACAAUUUAAUUGCUGUCCAAGGUAAAUGAUUUUAGAUCGAUUAGAUCCAUCAGUGAACCAUAUUAGAUCCCCAUUAAUAUUUGGGACUUUUUGUUCUCUAGCUAGAUGGUAUAUUUGUUUAGCGAAGAUUAGUUCUGGUGUCAUCAUAUCUGGACCCAUCAUAAAGACGGUUUCCUCAAGUAUAGUCCUCAAGUAUAGUUCCAGUAGUAUUUGUGUGGCUAUUCAAUACAUAAUUCAGCCUCCAAGUAUUGUUUGUUAAAUCUCAGGAUGGUCAUAAAGUCCACCGCUGAAAUAUAUAAUUCCAGCAGAGGACAGCUUAAUCUAUAACUGAAAGACCACAAUAAUUCAGAAACAGAAUUACCAUCAGUGCUACCAUUACCAUACAAGUAGUAUUAUCAUACAUACUCUUACUCAAUACCGGUGCUAGGGUAUAAAGAACCCGCCUGCAAAACUAGCAUAGGCGCCCUUCAGUCUUUUUAAAUCUAGUUCUAUAUUAAAAAAAGCGCCGAAAUCGACAGAAAAAGCUCAUUUUGGCGCCCAUAAACAGGGGCGCUCGCCUGCAAUGCAUCCCUUGCAGGCCCGUUAUCACCGGCCCUGCCUCUUACUUCAGCAAACAACAAUUUAGAUCCAUUUUUUAAAUUGGCAAACAUAGAGAUCGCUUAUUAUAAUAUAAUCCUCAAUUCUUCUUCUUCAAUUAAAUUAAAGGACACUAUACAUUAUUUUCCUAAAAGUAGUUAAAGUUUUAAAGUGUUUUAUUUUUUUGUCUUUCAAAUACCGAAAAAAGUUUUUUUCUGGUUUAUCGUAACAUAUUAAUAUACUCCUUCAGAAAGAAUCUUUAAUAUCGCUAAUGAUUUCCUCACUAUAUUUCUUCAGUUAAGCGUGUAACGUACUUUAUAUAAAAAAAUUUAAAGAUGCUGGAAGUGAUUUACAGACCUACAAGCCCUUUGGGCAACCCCCCAACUAGGCCUGCCCGAAAUCUUAUUGUAAAUAUAUAUACCUCCGAAAGAAUGUUGGCUGUUCGUUUAUGAGUGAUUUCCCAUCAAAUCAUCGCCUUAUCCAAUGUAUACGAAAAAUAAAAUUGAGAAUAAAAUCAAUACAGAUCAAUGAAAAAAAUAUCGUACCUCUGUGUUAAUAAGUAAGAAAGAGAGAGAGGAAUCUUUUAUUGUGUUCUGCUUUUAAUGAAAGUAUAUUAUUAAUAUUAUAAACGAUUAUGGGACGAGAAUACCUCUUAACUAAUUUGGUAACGCAGUGUCCUCUGUAUAGUGUUUUUUGAAACGUGAGCAUUAAAUGCUACAUCUUGUGUACUUAUAUAAA